AUGGAGCACCCAAGAAGUGCUCGAGGUUAUGGGACGGGCUUUCAAGGCACCUCGAACUGCGCCGCACGAGCAGGCGCAUGGCGCCGUUGUGGCACUGCAAAGGCUUGGAAUACCAUGGAAGAAAGGAGGAAUUUUCUUCAAAUUACUCAAAAAUCAUCUUUUAUAACAAUUGGUUUAAUGUCAUUCAGCAUCCUUCAGGUUUCCCUCGCUGGCUUCUCUCUUAUCGCCCUAGAUGGUCUCCUCCACACGGAGUUUCUGAGAUCUCGGAGAUUUCUGUCGUGUGCUACCCCAACCGUUUUUCGUAAGCAUGAUUCUUUCCCGUUUGGGAAACUUUUGAUGGACACGACAAUAAAUUUGUGA